AUGGACUAUCGCCUGGUGCUCUUCCUCUACCGCAAAAAUGACAUUACACACGCCGAAUUCAGAGACCACUACGAAUACAUACACAUACCCCUCACCCGAGAACUCACCGGCUCCCGCUUCCCCUCCUUGCACUCAAGACGGUACAUUGAGCGAUCGCCAAAGGACGAGGCAACCGUCCUCAUCGGUAAAAGCACCGGAGAGGAACCUGACGCGGUGGUGGAGAUUGGAUUCAAAGACGAGGAGGCGGCGCAAGCGUUCUUCGAUGUGACGAACUCUGGGGAGGUUGAAGAGAGGUUACGAAAGGAUAACGCGCAGUUCCUGGACUGGGAGAGGCUGAAGAUUAUGAGGAUCGGGGACGCUUUUGAGACGCGCAGGGAGGACUGA